GUGACGAUUAUUGUCUUCUGGUAUAGAUAUUCAAUAUGGCGAACACUCGUGAAGAGCAAGGUAUCACCUCAUCUAGCGACAAUAUCAACGCUGUCAUCAACGAUGCAGAAAAGGGAAAGAGUAGCAGCAUUUUCCAGUCGCCUUCCUUCGAGACAUCUGGCGAGGUGACCUGGGACGGACCCAACAACCCCAAUGACCCCUACAACUGGCCAACCGCCCGCAAAAUCACAAUCUCCCUCAUAAUAUCCCUCUCCCAACUCGUCUGCCUCAUGACAACAAGCGUCAUAGCCCCAGCGCUACCUCAAAUCGCCACAGAUCUCAACUUAUCUGAUUCCGAAGCACAGCUUGCGUUCUCCAUCUUUGUGCUUGGACAGGCAUUCGGUCCCUUUGUUAUUGCUCCUAUGAGUGAGGUCUUUGGUCGAAAGCCCGUUUGGGUUGUUUGUAGUAUCUUUUUCAUUUUAUGGAACUCGGUUUGUCCCGUGGGCAAUCUCAGACCGUUGAUUAUAGGGCGGUUCUUGUCAGGGGCUGGUGGGUCUUGUGGUGUUAGUCUAGCAGGUCCUAUAGCGGUGGAUAUGUUUCGUCAGAAGGAUCGAGGCAAAUCGCUUGCUUUGGCUUCCUUGUUCCCUUACCUCGGACCAGCAUUGGGUCCCAUUGUCGGCGGGCUUGUCAGUCAAUAUGUCAGUUGGCCAUGGUUAUUUUGGGCCAUGUCUAUUUUCUGUGCUGCAGUCCUUGUUGCUGGUCUAAUAUUUGUGCGAGAGACAUGCAAGCCAGUCUUGCUUCGACUCAAAGCGACGCAACAACUCCGGGAGGCCGGAGAGGGACAUGUCACCGCAACGAUGGUAAAACAAUCAUCACCGGAUGACCGUCUAUCAUCGCGAAUACUUGUGGGACUAAAGCGACCAGUCCAGUUACUACUGACGCGACCAAUUAUUCAAAUCCUGUGUCUCAUCAACGGCAUCGGUUUUGGGAUGUACAUACUCGUACUAUCAUUUUAUGCAACGGUGUUCAUAGACCAAUACCACCAAUCAGCCACAGCGAGCAGUCUGCAAUACAUCGCCAUUGCUCUGGGGAGUACCCUCUCAACCCAGACGGGCGGGCAUCUCAUGGACAUCAUUUUCGCUCGUCUUCUGGCCCGUCUUCCCGAAAAUUCACCUUUACGUGACUCUCCACCACCAGAGUUCCGCGUCCCAUUGAUAGUCGUCGGUAUCCUCAUCCUCCCUAUUGGUCUCUUCUGGCUCGGAUGGUCUGCUCAAGCACACAUUGCUUGGAUCAUGGUCGAUAUAGGCGCAACGAUAUUCGUAGCUGGGAAUUUCCUAGGCAGUCAAGCUGCGCUUGCAUACCUGUUUGAUGAGUUCUCGACUCAUACAGCUUCAGCGGGUGCUGCUAUCAGACUGUUGGGGAAUUUGAUGGGAUUCGCUUUCCCGUUGUUUGCUCCCCAGUUGUAUGAUGGGUUGGGAUAUGGAUGGGGGAAUAGUCUGUUGGCUUUCAUAUGGGUUGUGACUGUGGUUCCGAUUCCUUUUGUGCUUUGGUGCUGGGGGGAGAAGUUGAGAGCUAUUGGGAGGAAGUAG